GUGCAACAACCGAACACAGUGUAUAGUAGUUACUGGAUCAGAUGUAUUUCCUGAUCCUUGUCCUGGAACAUACAAGUAUCUAGAAGUUCAGUAUGAAUGUGUUCCUUACAUGGAGCAAAAAGUUUUUGUUUGCCCGGGGACGUUGAAAGCAAUUGUGGACUCACCGUAUUUAUAUGAAGCUGAACAAAAAGCAGGUGCUUGGUGCAAAGAUCCUCUUCAGGCUGCAGAUAAAAUAUACUUCAUGCCAUGGACUCCAUAUCGCACCGAUACUUUGAUAGAAUAUGCUUCUUUAGAGGACUUCCAAAAUGGACGCCAGCAGACGACGUACAAACUCCCGAAUCGAGUGGAUGGCACUGGAUUUGUAGUGUAUGAUGGCGCUGUCUUUUUUAACAAGGAAAGAACUAGGAACAUAGUAAAAUUCGAUUUGAGGACUAGAAUUAAGAGUGGAGAGGCCAUAAUCAAUUAUGCUAAUUACCAUGACACCUCUCCAUACCGAUGGGGGGGAAAGACUGAUAUUGACUUGGCAGUUGAUGAAAAUGGCUUAUGGGUAAUUUAUGCUACGGAGCAAAACAAUGGGAUGAUAGUACUUAGCCAGCUGAAUCCCUACACCCUGCGUUUCGAAGCCACUUGGGAAACGACAUACGACAAGCGGGGAGCAUCCAAUGCUUUCAUGAUAUGUGGUGUCCUGUAUGUAGUGCGGUCAGUGUAUCAGGACAAUGAGAGUGAGACCGGCAAGAAUGCCAUUGAUUACAUCUACAACACCCGGUUAAGCAGAGGCGAGCAUGUGGACAUUCCUUUCCCCAACCAGUACCAGUACAUCGCCGCAGUGGAUUACAACCCCAGAGACAACCAGCUGUAUGUGUGGAAUAACAACUUCAUUCUGCGAUAUUCUUUGGAGUUUGGCCCCCCUGAUCCUGCCCAAGAGAGAUUCUGUGAACCGACUGAGGCCAGAGGGAUUAGCUGGCCUCAGACACAAAGAGGAAUGAUGGUUGAACGCCCUUGCCCCAAAGGAACAAGAGGAACUGCCUCGUAUCUCUGCGUGGUCUUAACGGGAAUGUGGAACCCCAAAGGCCCUGAUCUUAGCAACUGCACCUCACACUGGGUAAAUCAGCUGGCUCAGAAGAUCAGAAGUGGAGAAAAUGCUGCUAGUCUGGCCAAUGAACUGGCUAAACACACCAAAGGACCUGUCUUUGCUGGCGAUGUUAGUUCGUCAGUGAGGCUGAUGGAGCAGCUUGUGGACAUUUUGGAUGCUCAGCUGCAGGAACUGCGGCCCAGUGAAAAAGACUCUGCUGGAAGGAGUUAUAACAAGCUCCAAAAACGUGAGAAGACAUGCAGGGCUUACCUUAAGGCAAUUGUGGAUACAGUGGACAACCUGCUCAGGCCUGAAGCUCUGGAGUCCUGGAAGGACAUGAAUUCUUCAGAACAAGCCCAUGCAGCCACAAUGCUACUUGAUACGUUAGAAGAAGGGGCUUUUGUCUUGGCUGAUAAUCUCUUAGAACCAACUAGAGUCUCAAUGCCUACAGAAAAUAUCGUUUUGGAUGUUGCAGUGCUCAUUACUGAGGGCCAGGUGCAGGACUUGAAAUUUCCUCAGGGCAGUAAAGGAGGGAACUCUAUUCAGCUCUCUGCAAGCACCGUGGGAUUUUUUUCUUCUAUAGGAUUAGCAAAACUGGUUUUCAUCAUUUACAAAAGUUUGGGACGUUUUCUCAGUACGGAAAAUGCAACCAUAAAGUUAGGCAGCGACUUUGCUGGGCGGAAUAGCACUAUCGCAGUCAACUCCCACGUCAUUGCAGCCUCUAUCAACAAGGAGUCUAGCCGGGUGUACCUGACUGAUCCUGUGCAUUUUACGCUGGAACACAUUGAUCCUGACAAUUAUUUCAAUGCAAAUUGUUCCUUCUGGAACUACUCAGAGAGAACUAUGAUGGGAUACUGGUCAACUCAAGGCUGCAAACUGGUUGACACAAAUAGAACUCAUACAACAUGUGCUUGCAGUCACCUAACCAACUUUGCAAUUCUUAUGGCUCAUCGGGAAAUUGUGUACAAAGAUGGAGUGCACGAAUUGCUCCUCACUGUCAUCACCUGGGUGGGAAUUGUCAUCUCUCUUGUUUGCCUGGCCAUCUGCAUCUUCACAUUCUGUUUUUUCCGUGGCCUGCAAAGUGAUCGUAACACUAUUCACAAGAACCUUUGUAUCAACCUAUUCAUUGCUGAGUUCAUUUUCCUAAUAGGCAUCGAUAAGACAGAGUACAAGAUUGCAUGUCCAAUAUUCGCAGGUCUGUUACACUUUUUCUUCCUGGCAGCCUUUGCCUGGAUGUGUCUAGAAGGAGUGCAGCUUUAUCUAAUGUUAGUAGAAGUAUUUGAAAGUGAAUAUUCUAGGAAGAAGUACUAUUAUGUUGCUGGCUACCUCUUCCCUGCUACAGUCGUUGGUGUCUCAGCAGCUAUUGACUAUAAGAGCUACGGAACAGAGAAAGCUUGCUGGCUUCAUGUAGAUAACUAUUUUAUUUGGAGUUUCAUUGGACCUGUUACCUUUAUUAUUCUGUUGAAUCUUAUCUUCCUGGUGAUCACAUUGUGCAAAAUGGUGAAGCACUCAAACACUUUGAAACCAGACUCUAGCAGGUUGGAAAACAUUAAUAAUUACCGUGUUUGUGAUGGCUACUAUAAUACGGACUUACCUGGAUCCUGGGUCCUGGGUGCAUUUGCUCUCCUGUGUCUCCUUGGCCUAACAUGGUCAUUUGGCCUGCUGUUUAUCAAUGAGGGGACUGUUGUGAUGACGUAUCUCUUCACAGUAUUUAAUGCUUUCCAAGGAAUGUUUAUUUUCAUCUUUCAUUGUGCCCUUCAAAAGAAAGUACGUAAGGAAUAUGGCAAAUGCUUCCGACAUUCCUACUGCUGUGGUGGACUACCAACUGAGAGUCCCCACAGUUCAGUGAAGGCAUCAACAACAAGAACUAGUGCCCGCUAUUCCUCUGGCACUCAGAGUCGUAUAAGGAGGAUGUGGAAUGACACUGUGAGAAAACAAUCUGAAUCGUCUUUUAUCUCAGGUGACAUCAACAGCACUUCAACACUUAAUCAAGGAAUGACUGGCAAUUACCUACUAACAAACCCUCUUCUUCGACCACACGGCACUAACAACCCCUAUAACACAUUGCUCGCUGAAACAGUUGUAUGUAAUGCCCCUUCAGCUCCUGUGUUUAACUCACCAGGACAUUCACUGAACAAUGCCAGGGAUACAAGUGCCAUGGAUACUCUACCGCUAAAUGGUAAUUUCAACAACAGCUACUCAUUGCGCAAUGGAGACUAUAAUGACAGUGUGCAAGUUGUAGACUGUGGACUAAGCCUGAAUGAUACUGCUUUCGAGAAAAUGAUCAUUUCAGAAUUAGUGCACAACAACCUGCGGGGCAGCAGCAAGAACCACAACCUGGAGCGCACGCUGCCGGCCAAAGCUGUGAUUGGCGGGAGCAGUAGCGAAGAUGACGCCAUCGUGGCAGAUGCCUCAUCUUUGAUGCACAGUGACACCCCUGGGCUGGAGCUCCACCACAAAGAGCUUGAGGCCCCGCUCAUUCCUCAGCGGACUCACUCCCUUCUGUACCAGCCCCAGAAGAAAGUGAAGACUGAGGGAACGGACAGCUACGUCUCACAGCUGACAGCCGAGGCUGAUGACCACCUCCAGUCCCCCAACAGAGACUCUCUUUACACGAGUAUGCCCAAUCUCAGAGACUCUCCGUAUCCAGAGAGCAGCCCCGACGUUGAAGAAGAUCUUUCUCCCUCCAGGAGGAGUGAAAAUGAGGACAUUUACUACAAGAGCAUGCCAAACCUAGGAGCUGGCCAUCAGCUUCAGAUGUACUAUCAAAUCAGCAGGGGUAAUAGCGACGGCUAUAUAAUUCCCAUUAACAAGGAAGGAUGUAUUCCAGAAGGGGACGUUAGAGAAGGACAAAUGCAACUAGUGACAAGCCUUUAAUAGUGUAGCAAAGAAAUAUUAAAGGCCACAUACAAGUAUUAAAAAGACUUAAUUGGCCCCAUGCAGGCUCCCUCAUAUCUGCUUGAAGAGACAAUUCUGUUGACCCUGUGGUUCUCCAGUAACGGGGAUGACUGGACCUCGCAGUUCUGUGAAUUUUUAUAAAACAAAAACUUUGUAUAUACACAGAGUAUACUAAAAUGAAUUAUUUGUUACAAAGAAAAGAAAUACCAAACAAGGUAUUUUAAGAUAUCUUCUGCUGCUGAAUUUAACAAAAUUGUGAAGAAAAAAAAAAAAAGAUAAAUAAACACUUCCCAGCCAUUUUACUGCAGCAGUUUGUGAACUAAAUUUGUAAAUAUGGCUGCACCAUUUUUUUUUUCUAGGCCUACAUUGUAUUAUAUACAAGGCGUAGGCUCUAAAAUCCUGUGGGACAAAUUUACUGUACCUUACUAUUCCUGACAAGACUUGCAAAAGCAGGAGAGAUAUUCUGCAUCAGUUUGCAGUUCACUGCAAAUCUUUUCCAUUAGGGCAAAGAUUGAAUACAUGUCUAACCACUAGCAAUCAAGCCACAGGCCUUAUUUCAUAUAUUUCCUCAACUGUACAAUGAACCGUUCUCAUGAAAAAAAAUGGCUAAAGAAAUUAUAUUUUGUUCUAUUGCUAGGGUAAAAUAAAUGCAUUUGUGUCCAACUGAAAUAUAAUUGUCAUUAAAAAAUAAUUUUAAAGAGUUUGAAGAAAAUAUUGUGAAAAGCUCUUGGUUGCACAUAUGUUAUAAGCUGUUUUUGUUACACUCUGUUCAUAGUACGGUAGUAUGUUUAAAUGCAAGUUCUACCCGUUUUCACUUAUUUUUCACUGUAAACAGUGUUCUGCUUUGACAAGUUAGUUUUUAUUCUUACAUUUUGAAUUUUUAUUGCCAAAAACCAUAAUUUGGGGGAAAAUUGUUUUAAAAGCCAAUUAUGCCAAACCUUGCACAAAUUUGAUAUAGCUAACGAAGAUUGUAACUCAAUUCCCUGUUCAUUCUUUAAUCAAUCCAGGGUUGGGUGGUAAGGGGUAAAGGGGACACUGGACACUUCUCACAAGCUUUCUCGUGAAUAAAAGGUGCCUGUCCUUUAAAAAAAAUAAAUAAAACAUAACUAUUACUCGUCCAUAUUCCUUCUGCCUAUAUUUAGUAAUUAAUUUAUUUUAUGAUAAAAAUCUAAUGAAAUGUAAAUUGUUUCAACAAAAUUCUGCUUUUUUCAUCCCUUUGUGUAAACCUGUUAAUAAUGAGCCCAUCACUAAUAUCCAGUGUAAAGUUUAACACCUGUUUGACAGUAAAUAAAUGUGAAUUUUUUUCCAAA